AUGUGCGACGACAAACCACAACCCGAAGAUUUCGAUAACCCAGACAUUCUAAACGCAGUUAACCCUCAUCCCAAAUGGGGCUAUAUGCAUGGUCCAAUCGUAGACCGAAACCCUGCCUGGGUUCCUUCAGCUCACAGAGAAUUUCCGUCUAGGCGAAUCAAGGCCAAAGAGUUGACAUUGGGCCUUCUUCUUGAUCCCCCUGAUCAUCCAUUGAACAUUGCCUCACGUUAUAAUGGCCUUGUUUGUGAUGUCAAGGUAGACAAGACCCAAAUGUGUGGGAAGACUUUCGGAUCACUGCGUUCUUUUGAUAUGCACAUGGAGAUGUAUCAUCCAGCAUGCUUUGUUCCUUCUCUCGUUGCAAAUUUCAAUGAGGGAGCCUCCUCACACGCAGCAAAAAACGCUAUGAAGCGGUGGAUUCUUACUGGGGGGUGGCGAGAUGCAUCAUACCGCUACGAGCCUGGUCGCUGCAAGCCCAAGAGUCCUAUUGGACGUAUGUGUGACGAGCUAGAAGAGAUUGCUACGGUGCAAUUGAGCCCCCGGACCAAUCCCGAGGACCACGAAGACAGCGACGCCCCCUCCGCAGAAGUGAAUAACACAGCAGCCGUUACUAAGAGAAUCGAGGUCAUCGAUCUGACGGACUAG